AUGGCUCGACCUGACUCGCCGUCCGAUGACGAGUCACCUAGGACUGGAGGCGCUCCGACAGCAGCGGCCUUUGCAGAUACCAUACUCGAGAGGAUGGCACAGAAAGACGCCGUACAGAAGGCGACGAACGAACAACUCGCCGCCAUCCCCGCCAUCUUGGCUCCUUUGGCUGGAAACUCAGGAGAUCCGGCCUCGACGGUCCGAAAACAGCUGUUCGACAUUUACCGAACAGCCGGCGCAGAAAACACGACGAACACAAACGCCGCCCAGGUUCAAACACCCGGUGGCAUAGACCUCGUCACCGUCCGAGAACUCGCUGAGCUUAAGCAGUCGUUCCUGGACAUGAAAGAACGAAUGUUCGAAGGGCCUACGGCAGCGCCGCUGAUCGAACGCGUCCUGGCCGAAACCCUAAAAACCCCUUUUUCUCGGCGAGUCACCGACGUUCGGUACCGACCAGCCGAGAAAAUCCGUCUUCCGACAUACGCCGGAAAGGCAGACCCAACCGACCACAUCACUGCUUUCAACAUCGCGAUGGGACCAGCCCUCGGGUGGUUCACUGGAUUGGAGCGAGACUCCAUCCACGACUUUCACGACCUAACGACUGCAUUCCUCAAGCAGUACAUUAUGUUUACGAGACAAGGAGCGACCUUAUCUGACCUUUGGAAUCUAUCUCAAGGGGCGAACCAAAGCCUCCGUGACUUCAUGGAAAAGUUCAAAACGGUCGCCUCGAAGGUGCAAAUUCCAGACAGCGUCGCCGUCUUGCUGAUGAAUACCCUCUACUUCAAGUCCCUGUUUCGCGAGGAUCUCUACAGAAACCCCACCACUUCGCUCCAGGACGCUAUCGCGAGGUCUAACAACUUCAUCCGAAUGGAAGAAGAUACAGCAGCGAUACUCAAGAAACUGAACACGGCCGCUAAACCGGCGACUGCUCCAAAAGCUCCUGAGGCACACCAAGAACCUCGACAGCACGCCUCAGGCAACAAGUCUAACCAGCCAAAGAGCUUCGUCAAUGUAGUCAAAGACAAAAAUCCGUCCCUGGGAUCGACUGUCGUCGUACGCGAGAAAGGUUGGAACGUCUGGGAGAACGACGAGAGGCCCCAAUCCUGUUCAGCACCUUCAACUUCGAGUCCUGGCGCACGACACGAGGAACUGCAGGCAUCUGGUAGAUGCCCUCUUCUCAUCCUACGAAAACAGAACAGCCAACGUCGAGCUUCCUAA